ACCAGAUAACGAGUACCGCUACGUCUACUUUAACCACAUGAACCUGGCACAGAAAACAACUAUGCACAACAAGAAACAGAACCAGAUGUGCGUCUCGCCAGAAAUUAUCAAAAUUAUUUGUAAUAUCAACGCAGAUUUUGCCAGGUGAGAGCCAAUGCCAGGUUUUGUUUCGUGCCGUCUCUUUUUCUGCCAUGUGCAUUGUUUCAGCAAUUUUUGCUUGUAUGAUUUUUUUCUCUUCCAGUAUCAUCACUUCUCUAAUUAGGCCACGCCUUUUAUUUUUGUUGGAUUACGGAUUUUGCUCGCCAAUAUUAAAGGGCGGGAGGGCAAAAAAUAAAAAAGUAAAAGAAAGAAUUGUGUAAUAUCUAAUCCCAUACAGAGUACAGCGAAGUAAACAUCGCCUCCUUCGGCCUUGUUUCACGUUCACGUGACGUGACCAUGAGUGACAAUUGCGUGUUGAAGCGCGCGUCAGCCUGACUUUAAGGCCAUGUUACAUGGUGCAAUUUUUUGGAACUUUGCAAUGCAAUUCUACUCUUGAGAGAUGUAAAAUUGCCAAAUAGGAGUCUUCAUUACACUCCGCUGAUCUUUUCUCAACAUAUCGAAAAUUCUUCACUGAUUUCACUAAUUAACAUCUCUCAAGAGUAGAAUUGCAUUGCAAGUUGCAAGAAAAAUUGCACCGUGGGCAUGGCCUUUAUUCUCGCACAUUUUAUUUUUUGGGUGUCUUGCUGGGAAAAUAAAUACUAAUACUUUCUAAAAUAUGGUCGGGUGAACAAAAAACCACAUCAAAACUGCAGUUAGCGGCAUUUAUAUUUUUUUGUGCUUUUUAAAAAUACAAGGUCGGGAUAUCCGUAAUCCAACAAAAAAAAAGCGUGGCCUUAUCUGUCAUUCCGUCUAAAGUGAAAUGAAUGAACGCUACCUUAGAUAAACUGCCUAUCUUUUUCAUGAAGCCAAUCUUUAAUUUUUCUUGAAGAUCCGCGUGUUUAUAUCUCGCGAUUGUAACGCGAGACCAGUUCGGGGAUUAUUAGAAAAAAAUAAGAAAAACCAAAAGUGAAAUCUACGAAGUUUUACCGUGAAUCAGUUUUCAAGAAUACAUGAAUUCAGUGAAAAGACUGAAACUGGCCUUCAAGUUUGGCUUCAAAUUUCUGGUUGGAGGUAGCAUUCCGGUUAUAUUCCUUUCACUGUUCCUCUCUCCCCCGCAGAGGCUUUUUAAAAAGUUAAUAUAGAGAAAAACACCGCUGACCCGUUGAGAGAGGAAUGCAGGCGCGAAGGGAAGUUCACCACUCUUCCCUUUACAACUUCAUGUAAGGAACACAUAAUAGUUAGAAACACAUAUUAAUGUCGGAAACCUCUUGCGGAGGAGAGAGAGUCACUGUUCCGUCCCUAAACUGUUCUCUUUAUUCUAAAGUUGUACUGCGCAUGUCCUACAUACAGUGCACCGCAAUCACAAGUAGUAUAUGUAUAGUAUAUAUUGAGUGAAAAAAUACAAUCCUAGCUUAUAUUCAAAGCAAAUUCGCAAAUUAUAUUCAAAGCUCGCUCCUAUAACACUCCUGGGGUUUGCUUCCAGCGGAAGUAAUACCACAGAAUAAAGAUCAGUACCAGAAGGGCCACUCAGCGGUGCAGCGUGUCGCCAUUUUUCUAUGCAAAAAUAUGCAGUUGACUGGCCAGAAGGCGGGGCUUUCAGCCAAUACAGCGCGUUUAUUGCAGGGACGAGACUUAGCACUCGCUGUUAAUAACGGGUUUUUAGCCGCCACUAAAUCGUUACCGCCGCUUUCAAUUAUUGAUAAAUUAUCUGUGGAAGAACCUACUGUUUUGUACCCUAUCUCCGUUGUUGAUGUCGAAUCGCGUUUAAAAGCAGUUAAAUCGAAUAAAGCUCCUGGUCCAGACUCUCUGCCAAAUUGGAUUCUCAAUAACUUUUCAAUGGAGAUUUCAGAACCUGUGACAAUGAUUUUUAAUGCCUCCAUUAAACAAGCACAAGUUCCAAUGCAGUGGAAAGAAGCAAAUGUCGUUCCCGUCCCUAAGACAUCCUCGGUCACGGAUAUAUCUUCAGACCUGCGACCUAUAUCUCUGACCGCCACGCUCUCAAAGGUUCUUGAAUCAUUUCAAUGGAUUAUGGAUACCAUUAAGUCUCAGUUGGACCCAAAGCAAUUCGGAUCGUUAAAAGGCUCUUCUACGAUAGACGCAUUAAUUAGCAUGUUCCACUGUUGGUAUUCUAACACAGACGGCAAUGGCGAGACUGUUCGUGUUUUUCUGCUUGACUUUAGUAAAGCAUUCGACAGAAUCAACCACAAAAUCCUGAUAAAAAAGAUGCAAUUACUAAAUAUUGAUAAAUCCUUAAUAAACUGGGUUAUUGAUUUCCUGAUGCAAAGAAGACAGAGGGUGAAAUUGGGUUCUUCGUUCUCUGAUUGGUCCUUGGUAAAUGGAGGCGUCCCGCAAGGUACAAUCCUUGGCCCAUUACUCUUCCUCAUCAUGGUCAACGAUUUGGCUAUUAACCACAAAGAUAGAUGGAAAUAUGUUGAUGACACUAGUCUCUCCGAAACAAUCGGUAAAGGUUGUCAAAGUAACCUGCAAUCCGUUAUUAAUAAUAUCGAUCAAUGGUGCACGGAAAAUGAUAUGAUGCUUAAUCGUUCUAAAUGCAAAGAGCUAAUUAUCUCGUUCGCUAAGGACGUCCCUAAUCUUCGACCAUUGUUUAUUAAAGAUCACUGUAUGUCCCCAGUUUUAUCAGCAAAGGUUCUUGGUCUGUACUUUUCUUCUGAUCUUAGUUGGAACUUACAUGUUGAACACAUAGUAUACAAGGCAUCAAAGAGACUUUUUUUUCUCCGAGUGCUUAAACGCAGCGGUCUUGGAGGGAGUUCUCUAAUUCAAGUCUAUACCACAUGUAUACGACCUGUGCUUGAAUAUGCAUGCCAGGUUUGGAACUUAAACUCCCCUGACUAUUUAAAGGAAGAAAUCGAAAGAAUUCAGAAGCGAGCCCUACGAAUAAUAUGUCCUGACCUGUCAUACCGCAAAGCCUUGGAAGUUCAUAAAAUAUCGUUGCUCUCUCAAAGACGAAAUAAUUUAUGUAAAUCCUAUUUUAAGAAACUUCUCAACCCGGAAACUGAAUAAAUUGAAUGAACUUAUCCCUAAUAAACGCGAGGACUUACGUACUUACAAUCUACGUAAUGAUCAGCAUAUUAACUUAAUUAAUUGUAAGACUACAAGAUUUAGUAAAAGUUUUAUUCCUUCUAGUAUCGUAUCAUAUAAUGAUUCAUUUUAAUUGUAAUAUAAAUUUUAGUUUUAAUAUACCGUAUAUUACUAUAUGUAUUAGUUUUACCAUGUAUUUUAAAUGUCAACUCUGUACAAUUCAGCUCUUAGCUGCCAUUCAGAUUUUGUAAUAAAUUCAAUUCAAUUCAGUUCAAUUCAAUAUUGGCCAGAAAAUGUAAUCGACUGGCUAGGAAGAUGGCGGCCAGGGUCCCUUCUGUGUGCCUUAUUCUGUGGUAAUACCCUUACUCCUAAAUUUUUGUGGUCCUUCAUGGACUCGUAACGUCUUAAUUACAACGUCGAAGUAAUUAUUUACCAUGCCCACCUGACCACGUGUCAAAUUCACUCUUUGUGUCACCUCAUUGGUCCAAGUGCUAUCACGUGAAAAUCACACCGCGCCCCGACUCUCUGGUCUUGUAAAGCCUGGUUUUCUAAAAUGGUCGUUAUAACGGUCGUAAAGAAUGAGUCACGAUCUUUCUCAUCAGCCGAAAUACAACAUCCCAGAACUGAAAAUACGCGGAGUGAUUAUAACUAGAUAAUACGGAGUGAUUAUAACUAGAUAAUGCUUUAUGUGUGGUUUACAGGUAUAAACUAUUAUAAACUGGCCGUUGAGAAAGAUCGUGACUCUAUUUUUACGACCAUAUGGAAACCAGGUUUUAAGGAGCAAGUAAAAAGUUAUAGGUGGCCUUGCAUAAUUAUUACUAUCCCGACAUGUCACAAGAGUUACGAUAAUUGUACUACGCGUGCGCAGGAUGGAGCGCACCGUAAGCCUUAGCGACAUGCAUGUAAUAUAUAUUGUAUGAAAUACAGAGAUGUUUUAGGUGUGUUAAAAUAACGAAAGGUGUGGAGCUUAUGUUUGAUAAUACUCACACAUAAGCUCUGGAGCACAAUUGGGAAGCUUCCAGCGGAAGCGAUACCCAAUCCUCCAUAAUUUUUGCAGUCCGCAAAGGACUCAUACUCUCAUGGUACUGAUAUUAAAACUGUAACUGACUCUGAUAUUUGCUGUGUUGGUGUAAUGCACUCAGGUGAAUAAGAUGCUUGUGUGAUGUUACUCUGAGUGUAUAUCCACACCGGGCAGGCUUGAAAAAUAUGCCUGGCCACGGUGGGAUUCGAACCUACGACCUUUGGAAUACUAGCCCGAUGCUCUGCCAACUGAGCUACGUGGUCAGGACGGUUCGAGUUUACGAUAUUUGGGAACUGAGUCUAGUUCCUUCGAUAUCAAUAUAAUCUAAUAAUCCUUUGAUAUCAGUGUAAUCUAAUAAUCAUGAACAGUGUGACCAGAUUUGGUCAUUGAUUUUUGGUAAAAUUUCGUGAAUUUUCAAGGAAGUUUGGUAAUAAGUUUUUUUGGUAAAAUCUGAAAGGUUUUAAUUAUUAAUAAUCAUUUUGGUGAAAAUGUGUGUUUCUUGUAAUAACGUGCUCAAAGUGAUGAACAGAACUACCAAGCCUAAAAAAUAAAGCCUUAUCAUUAGCAAAAACGAUGAAAGCAACAAGUAUUUCGAGAUACCUUUUUGUGCAUAUUUUUUCUAGUUUGAUGACGUAACUACUGUUUUUUGGCAUUAUUAUGACGUAAUUAUUUGGGAAGCCGACAUUUGGUAAAAUUAUUCUUAAUUUAGUAAAAUUUGAACAAAAUUUUGGUAAUGACUGCUGAAAAAAUCUGAUCACACUGUCACUGAACUAUUUUGGGGCCAGAAUAAUGAGAGUAUUUAAUAUUAUUAAUAACGAGAAGCGACUUUUGAAGUUUGUCAAUGUGCUGUGAACCUUUGGUUGUUGCAAUUAAUUUGGUUGUUGCACUACCAUUUUUGUUUGGUUUGCCGCCAAAAACCACAGUACAUUGAUGGAGGUCAGAACAGAUGUAUUCAAUGUAUCCUAGUUUUGAGGCCAGUGAGUUAGCACUAAGCUGCAAUACGCAUGCGCGUUUCGGAACGCACCGCAAGCAGUAGCAAUAGAAAUGUUGCAUAUAUUGAGUAGAAAAAAAUCGAGGCGUUAGAAUAUGGCGGAUAUAAGCUUAAUUAUUCCCCCGGAUAAUUAGCUUCCAAGCGGAAGCGAAACUAAUUUUUACGGUCCGUCAAGGACUCGCAACUAUGUUAUUACCGCAACAACGUAAAUCUACUGUUUGUACUACUAGCUUCUCCCCUCACAGAGAACUUGUUCUAUUCAGGGAUGUUCAGAGCAAAACCGAACAAUAUAGAAAUGGACUUUUAUUGAAUCUCUAGAGUCUAGGUGGAACACUUCAGAACUGUAUAAAAAGUUAUAUUAAAAUUGACAGAGCUAUCCAGUAUAAAUAAAGUGGCUUAGUUUAGGUUUCCUCCUAAGAGGGCUCUUAGUAGACGUCUAGGUAGAACAGUUUAGAAUUGAUAGAGCUAUUGUUAGGUUCCACUUGUUUGGUUUUGGUUCCACCUGUAGCAACUGGCCAUUUACUCCAGUAGACCUAUUGCUUACCCCAGUAGUGAAGAAAGAUGAUCAUGAAUAAAAAGGCUCAACCUUUAAUCCACCCACUUUCUCAUUUUUUCACAUUCGAGAAUGUGAAAAAAUAUGAGAAAGUAGGUAGAUAAAAGGUUGAGUCUUUUUAUUCAUGUUCAUCUUGCUUCACUACUGGGGUAAGCAAAAGGUCUACUAUACUGGGGUAAAUGGCCAGUUGCUACAGGUGGAACCAAAACCAAACAAGUGGAACCUAACUUUAUUUUUUUAAAACUUUAUUUAUAUUUAUAUAUUAUUUAUAUAAAAAAAAUCUCAGCACAGAAUGGUUUCAUGUACGCUUAUAAAUCGUUCGCAUCCGAUCUUUAUCUGAUAUACCAUCGGAUAUCAGAUAAAGAUUGGCUGCUCAUGUUUUAUCUAGUACUUAACUGUAUGGGGGAAUGGCCUUCAUUGAGCCUCAGUAGUUGUAAUUUCUGAAAAAAUGCCCUGCUUACUAGACCUCUAUAGAGCUAUCUAGUAUAAUUAAAGUUAGUUUUGAUGUAUUAAAUUUCCAGAGCAAACGAAGACGGUGAAGUGUUUAUGAAAACUCUAACGGACUGUUGGGUGGUUGGGAGAAAAUCUGAUCAACGCGAACUUUAUGUUAUUCUACAUCAGAAAAAUGCAAACUUGAUUGAUGUAAAUGGUGAGUAAUCAGGAAGUUGUAGCAAGAGUUCCAGCUAUAUCGUGCUAUAUAACUCCAACCCUAAUUGAGCGUCAGGAUAGCAGAGUGCGUGGUAGUCAUGCAAUAUUACCAGUGUCGGGACUCAGCUUGUAUAUGCAAAGAAAACGAAUGACUGUCAAGCUGUAAACAAAACAGCCGUUCCAAGAAGUGUGUAUUGUAUUGUUUUAGAGGAAGUAAAGAAAAUGACAGCCACACAUUUCAGCCACAUCUUCUUCCUGGACUGA